CACCAAUGAAAGAAAUAAAAAAUGAAUCAUCAUUAUCCAAACCACCGAAUGAUUCAAGUUUAUUGGAAUAUAUUCGAUGUGAACUAAAACGUGGCUAUCUACUACAGAAUGAUGAACAAAGAUAUCGUGAACGGAGAGAAAAAUUUUACAUUUUCCUUAAAAUUCCAUACAAAUUGGAAACUUUUUUAUUCUAUGGAUUUUUUCAAUGUGUUGACGCCUUUCUAUUUGUACUUACAUUUCUACCAUUUCGUUUAAUAUUGGCCUUAUUGUCAUGUUUAUUUCGUAUGACGCAUAUGAUAAUCAGAUUUUUUUAUACAUUCAAUUUGAAAAAAAGCUUUCAAACAGUAUCCAUAUUGAAUGCUGCCGAAACCUGUGAUAUACUCAAAGGAAUCAUUCUAUUUGUUUCAUUCUAUAUGAUUGAUAAUAUUGAAAUUUCAAUAUUUUAUCAUCAAAUUAAAAGUCAAUCAAUUAUAAAAUUGUACAUAUUUUUCAAUAUGCUCGAAGUUGCCGAUAAAUUAUUGUCAUCAUUCGGUCAGGAUAUAUUGGAUACAUUGUAUUGGACGGCCACUGAACCACAGACCAAAAAACGGCAUUAUAUUUUUAUAUUUUUUCACCUUUUAUUGGCCAUUUUUUAUGUUUUUGCCCACACCAUAUUAGUGCUACUACAAGCGACAACAUUGAAUGUUGCUAUAAAUUCAAAAAACAAGGCUCUCAUUACGAUUAUGAUGUCCAAUAAUUUUGUCGAACUUAAAAGUAUGGUUUUUAAAAAAUUUGAAAAAAACAAUCUAUUCCACAUGUCAUGUAGUGAUGUACGUGAACGGUUACAUUAUAUUGUAUUGUUGGCCGUGGUCAUCAUACAAACAAUGAAAGAAUAUAAUUGGUCUGAUCGUCAAUUAUGGAUUCUAUUGCCCGAUUGUUUAAUGGUUUUAAUGGUGGAAAUUUUUGUCGAUUGGUUCAAACAUGCAUUCGUAACAAGAUUUAAUGAAAUUUCCUACGAUGUUUAUGAAUAUUAUUCACUUUCAUUAGCAUAUGAUUUAGUUGGUAGUAAACUUAAAAGUGCUUUUUCCGAUCAUUCGGAUAUUGUAUCCAGACGUAUGGGUUUCAUUCCAUUACCGCUUAGCGUUUUAGUGAUGAAAAUUUUUUUCAGUUCAUUUCAUUUCAACGAUAUUUAUUCCUGUCUUUGUCUUUUGUUCCUAUUUUUAAGUAUCAUAACAUUUAAAUUGGUUGUUAAUAUUGUACUACUUGGACUUUCUUGUAAAUGGGUGGAAGAACAUCAAAAAUCGUUAGAAGAAAAAGUGGCAAAAGCAUUAGGUGGCCAUUCGGCUAGUUUACCAGCAUCACGUCACAAUAGUGUAUCGGAUUUAACCAUUUUAAAUGAAGAAAGUGCAUUACAUGUCAUUCGUAAUAAAUUGGAACAAGAACAUCAACAACAACAACAACUACAGCAACAGCAGCUGCAGCAGCAAUCACCAAUGAAAACGGCGACGAUGACGACUACAAGAAGUACACCACAUUCACCAUUGAAUGGUAGUCCAAGAAAUAGCCUGGAAGAUAUAUCUGAACAGGUUGCCAUUGUACAGAAAUCAUUAGAAUCAUCGAUAAUAUUAUCCGAUUCAACGGUUUCAUUAAUAUCAAUGAAUGAUGGACGUAAUGUUCGAUUGCCAAAAAAAUCGACAAUUCCAUCAUUAACAACACAACAUCCAGAAGAAGAGAAUGAUGAAAAUGAAAUAAAAAUUAUAGCUGAUGAUGAUGAUGAUGAUAAUAAUCAAACAAAAUCGACAUCAAUAAAAACAACUAUAAUGACAACAUUGGCUAAAAAACGAGCCAAUAUUUUACGUCGUGUAUCAUUACAAGAAUUGCCGACAAAUAUUCAUCAUGGUGGUAAUCGGAUUGAUAAUUCUGAGAAUUUGCAAUCAUCAUCAUCAUCAUCGACAACAACAGCAGCAGCAACAACAACGACAACAACAACUUUAUCAUCCCAAAUGAAAAAACCGAAAAUGUCUUGA